AUGAAGUUUAACUUGUUCAGAAGGCCACAGGCCGUGGCGGCCGAGGAGCCCACCGGUGCCACCACCACCGUGACCAUGGCCCCCAGCCCGGCGGUUAUCUCCACCACCGCCCUGGACAUGUCUGGCUCCAACAACACAGAGAUCAGCAAGAAUGACAUGUUUGAGGAAAUCAAGAGUAAAUUCUUGAAUGAAAUUGAUAAAAUCCCAUUGCCUCCGUGGGCACUGAUUGCCAUCGCUGUGGUGGCCGCGUUGCUUCUCCUCACCUGCUGCUUCUGCAUAAUCAAAAAAUGCUGCUGCAAGAAGAAGAAGAACAAGAAAGGCAAGAAGGGAAAGGACGGCUUCAACAUGAAGAACAUGCAGGACGGCGAGAUACACCAGGACGAUGACGAUGACGAGGGUGAGACCGGAUUGACGGAGGAGGACAAAGAGGAAGAGGAGAAAGAACCAGAGAAACUGGGGAAGCUGCAGUACUCUAUAGAUUAUGACUUUGAGAACACAAAGGUCACGGUCGGCAUCCUCCAAGCUGCGGACCUCUUGUCCAUGGACUCGGGAGGAACCUCAGAUCCGUACGUUCGAGUCCUGCUCUUCCCCGACAAGACCAAAGUGCACAAGACCAAAGUGCACAAGAAGACGCUGAACCCCGUCUUCAAUGAGACGUUUGUAUUCAAGGUGCCCUACGAGGAACUCGGUGGGAAGACACUGACGCUGUCGGUUUUCGACUACGACCGAUUCUCCAAACAUGACGUCAUCGGGGAGGUGAAGAUUCCCAUGAACACCAUCGACCUUGGACGGCCGAUCGAGGAGUGGAAGGAUCUGGAGAGCGCCGACCAGGAGGAGCCUGAGAAACUCGGAGACAUCUGCAUCUCCCUGCGUUACGUCCCCACCGCAGGAAAACUCACCGUCUGCAUCCUGGAGGCAAAGAACCUGAAGAAGAUGGACGCCUGCGGAUUAUCUGAUCCUUAUGUGAAGAUCCAGCUGCUGCAGGGCGGUAAGCGUCUGAAGAAGAAGAAGACCACGGUGAAGAAGAACACCUUGAACCCGUAUUACAAUGAAUCCUUCAGCUUUGAAAUCCCUCUAGAACAGAUGCAGAAAAUCUUGGUGGCGGUCACGGUGUUCGAUUAUGACAAGAUCGGUAAGAACGACGCCAUCGGGAAGGUCUUCAUGGGCAGCAAGGCGACCAGCUUGGGCCUGAAGCACUGGUCCGACAUGCUGACCAACCCCCGCCGCCCCAUCGCCCAGUGGCACCCAUUGCAACCCGAGGAGGAUAUCGACGGUCAGCUGGCAUCUCUGGCGGCCAAGAAGUAA